AUGGAGAACGCUAAUCUAUGGACUCGAAGAUCUAAUAAAGACGGUUCUGGGAAAUCGGAUUCAUCUCGUGGUCGCACGGCCGGCCGCUUCGACGGCUCGCACAAUCGUUCCAACCCCUUCAACGCCAUAUCGCCUCUUUCAUCUACCGUCUCCUCUCCGUCCGUGGCUGCCUCGUCUGCAUUCGGACUGGGCUCGGGCGCCUUUGCUUCGUUCGGAUCGACCACAAAGACGUCCAAGACGCCGAACUCGCUUGACGCAAACGCUGGGAAGCAACAAGGCGAUAAGCGAGAUAUACAAGCCGACCAGGAGGGCGGGGCUUGGAAACCAGUCAAGUCGAAGGCCUCUUCAUCCUCGCUUGACAAGUCUGUCAACAAGGAUAACGGAGUAAGAGAGCUUCCCCUCAAGUCUACGUGGAUUGUCUGGUACCGUCCCCCGACGCCAAAGUACUCCGAUUACGAAAAAUCCACUAUCCCCCUUGCCUCCAUAUCCUCUGUAGAGGGAUUCUGGACAGUGUAUUCACACCUCAAACGACCCUCCUUGCUACCGACUGUGUCGGACUAUCACAUAUUCAAGAAAAAUAUACGCCCAGUAUGGGAAGAUGAGGCGAAUAAGAAAGGUGGAAAAUGGAUCAUCAGGUUGAAGAAGGGAGUUGCGGAUAGAUAUUGGGAAGACCUACUCCUGGCCAUGAUCGGGGACCAGUUUGCCGAAGCAAGCGAUGAAGUUUGCGGCGCUGUCCUCAGUGUCAGAAGCGGGGAGGAUGUCUUGAGCAUAUGGACGAAGAUUGACGGGGGACGCAAUAUUAAAAUCAGGGAAACCAUUAAACGGCUUCUGGCAUUCCCUCCAGAUACAAACAUUAUCUGGAAAAGCCACGAUGACAGCAUAGCCCAGAGGUCUGCUAUAGACCAAGCCCGCAUGGAUAAAUCCGGUGGAAACUCCGGUCAUCACAAUCAUCAUCACCAUCACCACCACAACCAGGGUGGUGAUCGCCGCCGCAACACCAACCACGAAGACUCCGCAGGUGAAAGGGGGAAGAACGCUACCAACUCCUAA